GAAAAAACAGUAAAUAACAAGAACAUUCAUUCUUAGCAAAAAAAAAAAAGAAGCCAGAGCCGUCGAGGGGCCAAUUUCCCGUCGGGGAAUAAAAAGCAACAAGAAAAAAAAGCCGCCCCUACCGAGCUCUGCAAAUAAAAUCCUAAAUUACUUCACAAAUUAUUAAAAAAAUCAAAUUUAAUACAAUUAUUGCCACAUUUCCUCCCGCUCCACCAAGAUGGGCGAUGACGGUGACCAGAAGAAGAAGAUCGCCAUCAUGGGCGUCUCCUCCAUCCUCCUAGUCGCCAUGGUCGUCGCCGUAGCCGUCGGCGUGAACAACAACCCUAAAGACAGCGACAGCGGAGGUGACAAGGGCACGUCGACAAGCAACCAAAUCUCCACCACCUCGAAAGAAGUGAAAGCCCUGUGUGCCCCGUCCGUCUACAAGGAAACAUGCGAGACCAGCCUCUCGAAAUCCGUGGAGAACGCCACGGACCCCAAAAAAAUCGUGCAGGUAGGGUUCGAGAUCGCGGUCGAAUCCCUGAAAGACGCAAUGAAGAACUCGACCACGAUUAAAGAGGUCGCGCAGGACCCCAAGGCGAAGCGCGCCGUGGAGAUCUGCGAAGAUCUCAUCGAGACCGCCAUCGAUGACCUGAGACGGUCUCUGGACGAGCUGGACAAUUUUGACCCCAGCAAGGCCUACAUCCACAUCGACAACCUGAAGACGUGGCUCGAGGCCACCAUCACAUAUCAGGAGGUAUGUAGGGACGAGUUCGGGAACACCACGGGGACGUCAGGGGAGAAGAUGAGGGAGAUCCUCAAGCUCUCUGGCGAGCUCACCAGCAAUGGUCUGGCCAUGGUGGAAGGGUUCAGGAAGAUCCUGAAGUCGUUAGACUUGAGCACGAUCAACAACAACCGGAGGCUGCUGGGCACCGCCGGAACAACAGGUGCAAGCAGCAGCGCAAAAGCGCAUGGUCGGAGCCAGCUGAAUCAUCUGGCUCUGCCACAGGAAACAGGAGUGGAUUUGGAUUUCCCGUCGUGGGUUACACCGACACAGAGGAGGCUGUUGGUCGGGACGCCGGAUACCCUUAAGCCGGAUAUCGUUGUAGCUCAAGAUGGGAGCGGUCAAUUCAAGACCGUUGCCCAGGCAGUUCAAAGCAUUCAGAAGAACCAUAAGGUUCCUCUCAUUAUGCAUAUUAAGGCCGGCGUUUAUAACGAGCAGGUCACUGUUCCCCGGUGGGCUAAUGGGCUUAUGAUGAUCGGUGACGGUCCGACCAAGACUAAGAUCACCGGCAGGAGGAAUUUUGCGGAAGGGACACGUACUUCCGAUACUGCCACAGUUGUAAUACUGGCCCCAGGGUUCAUAGCAAAAGACAUGGGGUUCGAGAACUCGGCUGGAGCCAUCGGCCACCAAGCCGUGGCCUACCGCUCCCAAUCCGACAACUCCGUCGUCUUCAACUGCCAGUUCGAUGGCUACCAGGAUACCCUAUACCCACAAUCCAACCGACAGUUCUUCCGUGAUUGUGUCAUCUCUGGUACCAUCGACUUCAUUUUUGGGGUCGCUCGCACCGUCCUUCAGAACUGCACCAUGAUUGUCAGGAAGCCCUUGGACAACCAACAGUGCAUCGUCACCGCGGAAGGGCGGCAGGACCCGAACGGUGACUCGGCCAUUGUGAUCAUGAAUAGUCACAUCUUGGGCGACCCAGCUUACUUGCCCGUCAAGGACAAGCUCAAGGCGUACCUCGGGCGCCCGUGGAAGGAGUACUCGAGGACCGUGAUCAUGCACACUGUGAUUGACGGCAUUAUCGCCCCCGAAGGGUGGUUGCCGUGGCAGGGUGACUUGGGGCUCAAGACACUUUGGUAUGCGGAGUUUGGGAACACGGGUCCCGGAUCGGUUCAGACGGGUCGGGUCAAUUGGCCUGGAAUUAAGCACAUUGGGCCUGCAGAGGCUGCAAAUUUCGCCCCCGGGAAGUUGUACGUGGAAGGCGAUGAUUGGAUUACGGCUACUUCUGUGCCAUACACUUCUGGGAUGAAUAAAUAAGUAUUUUUUGUUGAGGUUGUUUAAUUUGUUUUUUAGUGGGGAAGUGUGGAAGUGUAAAAAAAAAAAAAGACACAGUUUUGUUAUUUUGUUUUUCUUUGAUUUUCUCUGUGGUAAUUUGACCACUGUAGGGAAAUUUCCGAUUGAAUUAUGUA